AUGCCGAUCAAGCUUCCCAAGGGUUUCGCACGGCGAAAGUCGUCUGGUAACGCUCUUGAUGAGGUGGAGCAGGCGCCCGAAUCCUCGUUUCGGGUAUUCGAGCGUCCGAAUGGGUUAAACAAGGGCAGGGCCCUUACCAAUGGUGAGGGUCGAUACUACCGCCCAGCAACUGCGGAAUCAGAUAAUAUAUUCGCUGGAAUCGAGAAACCUCUUCCUCAUAAUAGGGCUAGUGGUGGAACCAAUAAUUCGGCAUCCACAGGUCUCUAUGAUAGCUCGUCUUCUGCUCGAUAUAGUUCAUCUUCAACACUACCUUCGUCCACCGACAUCCCUGUACAUAACGAUCUUUCUCGGGGUGUUCACGACCUGCCUGUACCACCAGUGCCAGAGUCUCCGUCCGUGUUCUCUUUGCGUGCGGCCGGCCGUACCUUCUCAUUCGGAACUCGACCUCUACGUACAUCUACACCCACAUCACAGCAGCAGCAGCAGCAACAACAACAACAACAAGCUUGCCAGCAGACGACGGCGUCUCCAUCGACCAGCCGUGAUCGAGCAACGACCGCAAGCUCCGCCAACACAGCCAUUCCUCCCAAACUGUUGGAUUCGGACUUGAGUAUACGCGGAGCGGGUGAUGACGAUGAUGGAUUCGGAAGCAUGUUUGAGAACUUUGGGAAGCGGAAAAGCGCCAUCUUAUUGGAUUCUUCAAAAUCGAGCGGUGUCCAAUCGAAAAAUCACCCAGCUCCUAACCAGAACGAGCGAGGCGUCCCGUUAGCUCCUAUAGUCACAGAUAGGCGACAGGCUGUUGAGCCAUCACCUUAUUCGUGGGAUAGUCAGACAUCUACGAAUGCACUGAUGCACGGCGACACUGAUAACAACAGGCAUGAAGGACGAACAGCAACCUUACCACCGUCGCAGUCUAUGACCUCCACCAAAUCCGCAGCCCUUGAAUCGCCUGAUAGCUACGAUUCUGAUGACUCUCCUUCAUUUAUAGCUGACAACGAUGACGCUGAAAUUGUUCGUCAAUCCAUACUUAUGACUACCCGCAGCCCGCAACCACCCGCAUCAACCAGCCCGCAACCAAAUACCAACGAAAAAACCCCCCUAUUCGAGAGCGACGAGAUUAUUUCUAGCGCACAACUGGCUUCGCAAUAUGAGGAUCAUGUUGCGUCAGCACCCACUACUCAAAACAAGGUCAUGACGCCCGCUCAAUUCGAACGUUACCGCCAACAGAGAGAAAUGACACGCAGACUCAGCACGGGAUCGAAGAGUGAGGCCUCAGAAGCUGGAAAUGAUUAUGAAGAUGAAGAUGAAGAUGAAGAUGAAGCGGAGAAAACCCGAGAGGCUGCACGACAACGCCGCAAGCAAGAGGCUCACUUGUCCGUCUACCGCCAACAGAUGAUGAAGGUUAUCGGACAACAGGCUCCUCCUCAGUCAAGCGGCUCUCAAUCACUGCGUCCGAUCUCCGAAAAUGGCAGUAUUAGCACGCCGAACUUGCUCUCGCGCUCGUCAAUGCUCGGUUUGCCCACAAUUCCCCAGGAAAGCGGUAAGAGUGACGGCGAGGAUGACGAGGAUGUCCCUCUUGCAAUAUUGGCCGCACAUGGAUUUCCCCACAAGAACCGGCCGCCUACUCGAUUGAAUGCGUCAAGCUCCAACCCGAAUCUCCGUGUAUCGUAUUCUGGAUCAUCUCCUGGUCCUUCCACCGACAAUGCUGCAGAUCCCCGAGCCAGCUUACCCGUGUUUGCCCGCAACCUGCCUCGAGAUCCGUACUUUGGAGCCGCCAUCGUCAAUCCUUCUCAUAGGGAGAGUUUGGCAUUGGGCGGCGGAACGCCUGCUUUAGGAACCUCGCCAUCGUCAACUUCCUUGCCGCCUGGCGGUCUUGUUGGUGUCAUUGCAAACGAGGAACGAGCGCGAGCAAUGCGCAGAGGAAGCCCCAAUGCCCAAGCUCAAGCUACAGGAAUCUCUCGUCCUUAUUCUGUCGCUAAUAUAGCUCAGAUGAAUGCCCCGGGUCCCUGGAAUGGGCCUACAGGUUUGCCUCAAUAUCAACAACCUCAGGUGAUGACGCCAGGGGAGCAGGCACAGCUUCAGAUCUCCCAGCAAAUGACGGAGAUUAUGCAGGUUCAAGUACAAAUGAUGCAGCAGAUGAUGCAAAUGCAAAGUCCUUCUCCAGGACAACAGCCACCACAGAUCAACCCUAAUUUCCUGUCGGCGCUUGGCCAGCCUGCCAACUCAGCCCAACGUCCGAUGUCAAUGGCAUCGUCUUUCCACCUACUCGCUAACCCACCCCAAGUUGAUCAACGCACCCUGAGCAUGUUAGAUCCCAAUAUGUCGCGAUGGAACCUCAAUCGACCAGCUUCUAUUCAUCCAGACGCAAUGGGACGUCCCAUGACACCGCAAGGUGGCCAUGGAUAUGCCCCAUCCAUAGCUCCUUCAGAGCGUAGCAAUAUUGGAAUGGCUUCUCGAUACCGUCCAGUUUCCAUGGCUGUCCAAGAGCAACAAAUGCCUCGAUCAUCAACGUUCACAUCAUCUCUCAAACCCUGGAACAAUGAGAACCCGCGACCAAUCUCCGUUUCUCCCAGUAACUUGCAGCCUAGAGACCGCAAAUCAACUUCAUUGGCGACUGUGACCGUUCAACCUGUAGACGGUACCAGCAGAGACUCUCUUUCUGGAAAACAGAAUGUCAAGAAUUCGCUUCCGGACGAGGAUGAGGAUGAAGCAUGGACUGAACUGAUGAAGAAGCGCGAGAAGAAGAAGAGCAGCUGGAAGUUGAAAAAAGAAAACUCAACUUUGGGCGAUCUUUUGCACAUAGUCCAUUAG